AUGACCAAGGACAGCAUGGUUCUUCUGCCCCGUCUAUCCGACAAGAUUCAUCUCCAAGACGCCGAGGGCAAGCCUCUCGGCAUCAAGCUUUCUGUCAAUGGUACCAUCCUGGCUGGCCCAUCAACAGCCGACACCAGAAGAAUGAUUUCCUCGAUGAAGUUUUCGACCGUUGGAAGUCCGGUUCCGCUCGAGGCACUACAAAUCCCAAACUCAAGUCAGGGAACACGCAGGAAGCAAGCUUCAGUGCCGGGAAAUGGAACAACGACCUUUGCGAUGAAGCCAAAGGCGGUAACGAGCCAAGCGGCCCCAAAAAUGCCAGAGACGGAGGGCAUGAAGAAGGCCAAGAACACAAACUCUGAUGGGGAGAGAAAGCGAGAAGAACACGACGAAGAAUAA